ACCGGCGGGUUUAUAACGGGAACACCAUUUAACUGUCUCCGCCAGCUCUAUCUGACGCUCGCUAGUUGCUAACAGCUAGUGGCAGCUUGUGGCCGGCGUCUCUCCCUAUCUGCCCCCCGCUGCGGGUGAGCAUAGCGUUUUUCCUCUCUGUACCGUCCUGAUUAACUUUUAUUUUUCUACUCUUAUUUUCUGUGAGCGCUAACGCUGACGUUAGCAGAGCCACGGUUCGUUUUUCGCGGGGGUCCGCCCACUGCGGGAUUUUAUUGGCCACGCACAACAUCAUUUACGUGAGCUGACCGCGGAUUGGUUGGAAGCUGACAGCUUGCAGUUAAAAGACUGCACACGUGGGCUCAAUUGCAAACAAACAGAGCGGACACGCGCACGCGGGUGUAGAAGGGCGAUUAUAUCCUCUCAGGUGAGGGCGCUCUCAGCAGGUGAAGGGGGAGCACUGCAGCGCCACCUGACAGCUCAGCAGGAAGUCGGCGUUUACCUGAAGCUCCACCUACUCCUCGUCGGACUCUGAGAAGGAGCAGCAGGUCACCUCCUUCCUUCGGGCGAGGGUCAUGUCGAGACGCAGCCUGCGGCUCGAUGAAGGCCUGCUGGACCGCAGUCUUCCUCGUGGCAGCGCUUCCUUUAGUGCGGGAGGAGGCGACUGGAGGAGCAGCAGGUCGCUGAGGUCCCGUCGUUCCCAGCAGCACUCGGUCUCCUGCUCCGAGUCGCUCCUCGAUGCGCCGCAUAAACCUGCCAUCAUGGCACUCCCCAACAGCAGCCUCCACAGCGUGGCGUCCGACGCCUCCCUGCUCUCCUCCCUGCAGAACGAGUCCUCCAUCCAGGAGCAAACGCAGGUCGAUGCGUUCUGGGGUUUGGACCACGACUCGGAUUCCAAAGAAAGCACCAUCGCGGAGCCGAGCAGCGUCGCACUGAACAGUACUCUGAUUGGUCUAGACGCCCUCUGCACCAAACACCCGGGCCAGGCGCUCAGCAGGGUUUACUGUAAAGACUGCAGCGCUCUGAAAUCUGAGCCGCCGCUGGAUGAGAAGGAGGCCGGCUCCUCUUCCUCCAAAUACACCACAGACACCUCAACACUAAUGGUACCGGGACCCUCAGCAUCCGAGGAACCAGAACCUUCUACCAUCUACUACAGAGACAGAAGCCGCAGGAGGAGGACGGAUGUGCUGCAGCUGUGGCUCGACUCGUGUUUGCUGUGUAUCAGGAGAGCCGCCGCCUGCUGCGUGUCUCUGCUGAUGCACACCUGGCAGGUGUGUCGGGGGUUAAAGGUCAACAUACAGGCUGAUAACGGACACAGAGCUCGACCCGGCCGCGGUGGAGCCAUGAGCCUGACGGAGUCCAGCCAGAGGGAGCUACAGCCCAACGGAUCUCUGUGUAACGACUGUAAGGACAGACGGCGCGCGCCGAUGGAUGCGGUCACGUCUUCUUCGUCCUCGUCCUCGUGGACCUCCCUGGUUUCCUGUUUGUUGGGGUUCACAUGGAGCGCUGCUCUUUUCACAGCUUCGGUUCUCUUUGACGUCGCUCAGAGAGCGGCUCGGGCCCUCGGGCCUCAGAGCAGGAAAGCCGGUUCUGCUUUGUGGAGCGCCGCACGCUCUGCAGGUCGGACAGCAGGCGACGCCUUCAGGUGGCUCCACACACGGUGGCGUCACACCACCACAAACACACAGCUGAGUUGGUUUCCUGUCCUCCUGGUGGUUCUUUCUCUGCUGUUUCUCCUGUUCGGUCUGCGCUGGUUUGGUCCGGCUGUUUUACAAUUGGUGCUUCCAGCUGUUAACAUCACAGAGUGGAGGCCGGCGGUCUCCAAUGUCCCCGCUCUGUCCACUAACAGCUUCCUGUCCUCUGAGAGCCAAUCAGGAGAGGGCGACGUAGAUGAGUCAAAGGAGGCGGGGCUGCUUCACAGCGAACCUCCACCAGCAGAAACGGCAGCAGGAGAGGAGGAAGUGGAGGCGGCGGCAGAAGAUGCUGAGCGGCUCAUUCGUCUGGAGCAGAGUCUGAUGGUGCUGUGGGAGCGCGUGGAGGCCGGAGGACGGCGGGCGGAGCAAAGACACAGAGAGCUGCUCCGGCUCUACACCGGCCUGCAGCAGCAGCAGCUCUCGUCUGCUCAGCGCGACGGCGUGGAGGCGUCGCUGAGCGCUCUGCUGGACCAGCAGCUGUCCGAGCUGAGGAGACAGCUGGACGAGGAGAGGCAGCAGAGGGAGAAGGCACGCCGGCAGGAUCUGUUGCAGCAGCAGACGCAGACGUCUCGUCUGGAUCAGCUCGAGCUGCAGCUGCAGAAACUGGUGGCCAAAACGAAGGAGGUUCAGUGGAGACGUGAAGCUGCUGGAUCUCUCCUCUCACCCUCGCCGACCACGCUUCCUGCUGCUGUCAGUGUUGACCGGCAGUCCCAUGAUGCCUUGCUGGCGGAGGUGGUUCGGUUGGAGGCGGCUCUGGGGGAGGUCAGGCGGGACGUCGAGCUUCUGUCCAGAUGUCAGGACAGCUGCCAACAGCUCACCACGAUCCAGCAGGCGAUUCUGGGGCAGGUCUCCGCUCAGGUGCGAGAGGAAGUUCGGGCGCUGCUCUUCAGCAACCAGCUUACAGCGGGUGGAGACGCCGCCGCCCUCCCAGAGUCGCUCCUCCGGUGGCUCUCUGAGCGCUACGUGAGCGAGACGGACCUGCAGGCGGCGCUGGCCUCUCUGGAGCUCAGCAUCCUGCAGAACGUCAGCCUGCAGCUGGAGCAGCGGCGUGGCGAGGAGACGGUCAGAGAGCCCGUCCUGCAUGCUGCCAAGGGCGUCGGGGCCACGGUCACCCAGGAGGAUGUCCGUGCGGCGGUGAAGAACGCUCUGCAGCUGUUUUCUGAGGAUCGAACCGGCCUGGCGGACUACGCUCUGGAGUCUGGAGGGGGCAGCAUCCUGAGCACUCGCUGCUCAGAGACGUACGAGACGAAGGCGGCGCUGCUCAGCCUGUUCGGAGUCCCGCUCUGGUAUUUCUCUCAGUCUCCCCGAGCUGUGAUCCAGCCCGACGUCCACCCGGGGAACUGCUGGGCCUUCAGAGGCUCCACGGGCUUCCUGGUGAUCCGGCUCUCCAUGAGGGUCCUGCCCUCGGCCUUCACCCUCGAGCACAUCCCCAAAGCCCUGGCCCCGAGCGGGACGCUGCACAGCGCCCCCCGAGACUUCGCCGUCUACGGUCUGGAUAAUGAGAGCCGGGAGCGAGGCAAGCUGCUCGGCACCUACACCUAUGACCAGGAUGGAGACGCUCUGCAGACAUUCGCUGUUUCAGAGGAGAACGACGAAGCCUUUCAGAUCAUCGAGGUCCAGGUUUUAUCUAACUGGGGCCACGAGGAGUACACCUGCAUGUACCGCUUCAGGGUACACGGGACGCCCAGCGACGUCUGAGCGCGCUCAUAUGGGUCGAACUAUUAGAAUGGCGAGCGGGGUGGAGGCAGCGCAGAGGACGUUGUCAUCGUAGCUCUGGUUCAGACCCGCCUCCUGCCCUCGCCACAGACAUUUCCAUCUGGAAGUGAUCAGCAUGUUUCCUGUGGAAAAACAACAGUGUGUCAUUUUUCUGUCAAUAGUAAAUAUUUUUCUGUCAGUGUUGUUGUUUGACCUCCUGUUGGCUUUCCUGUUUUAUGUCUUUUAUUGGUCCCUCGAGCGUCUCUACUCUGAGCUCAGGCGUUCUCACAGGGCGACCCGUGGACGAGCUGCCAUGUUGAUGCAGCACAUGAAUGAUUCACGGUCCUGAAAACGGCGCCGAUCCACAGCGACGCGUUUACUGUCUCCUGGAAAAGCGGCGAGUCGAUCCGUGCGGCGCGGGCGACGUUCCUGCUCAGAAUCGUUUAAAAGGGAGUUUGAGCUUUUUUUUGCACAGACUGACUGAAAUGUUUGAACCUGUGAAAUCCAGCUGCUGUUCUGUUCUUCUCAUUUUGUCUUCAGCUUAAUUUGUUUUUAAUCUGUGGUUUCAUAUUGGAC